AACCUGUCAUGAUUACAGAGAGGAAGGCCGCCAAUGCCUUUGGGGCGAAGACCGCUCGCGCCUGCGACAGCUGCUUGCGGCGGCGAGCCCGAUGGUACUGCGCAGCGGAUGAUGCCUUCCUCUGCCAGGGCUGCGACUCCUCCGUGCACUCCGCGAACCAGCUGGCGCAGCGGCACGAGAGGGUCCGCCUCGGGACGGCCUCAUCGUCAUCUUCCAGGAUUCGUGGCACCAAAUUGCCGUCAUCAACCCCACCCCAAUUUGUCGACAAUUCAGCAGCACCGGCGUGGCACGGCGGGUUCACCCGCAAGGCCCGGACGCCCCGCAUCAGCAAGAAGAUCCUGCUUCAGUCGCAGGCGAGGAAUAACCAUUGUGAGGACGGCAAAGUUUCGAAACUGAACCUCGCUCUUGACGACAAUUUCAUUGAUCAUGACCUAGUUCCCGAGAUCGGCAACGACUUAGGAGAGUCACCAAAUGAGAAUUAUAAUGAAGAAGACGAAGAACAGUUUCUUUGUCGGGUGCCAGUUUUUGACCCUUUCGCAUCCGAAGUGAUCGAGGAUGAGAUGGCGGAUUUAGUACGCGUGGGCGAUGAUGUUCUCCAAGAUGGGUCGUUCGACCUGCCCUCGGACAUGGACCUCGCAGAGUUUGCAGCCGACGUGGAGAACUUGUUGAGCAACGACAACGAAGGAGGGACUGAGGAAGAUUUCGCAAGUGAUGUGAAAGACCUGGGACUGUUGUUGGAGUGCAAAGAGGAAGGCCAUCAUGAAGAAGAUGGAGUGAUUGGGGUUUGCUUUGAAAGGAGAGAUCAAGGAGUGGUAAAAGUGGAGGGAUUGGUGGGAGGAGGAGCCCUGGACUUCCACAUGGAGAUAGGGUUUGAUGCGACGGGUGGUGGCGAUGAUGUGGACUGGGACUUUGAUUGCUAUAAUGACAAUCACGGUCAGUCACUAGGGAUUGAAGAAAAGGAAGAGGACGAGAAGAAGAUGAGGAUGGUGAUAAGUGGUGAUGUCAAAGAAAAGGCGACAAUGAAGAAGAAGAGGAAGAUGUUGUUGAGGCUAAAUUAUGAGGGUGUGCUGGACGCUUGGGCCAGUCAAGCCUCUCCAUGGACAACCGGAGAUCGACCCGAUUUCAACCCCGAUGAGGGAUGGCCUAGCUCCAAUAUGGGUACCACGAGCCAAUCCUCGAAGUAUUAUCGCCCGUUCACAGAAGCAAUGGGGCUUGGGGCACACAUUGGGGGCGAUGAUGGAGGGAGAGAAGCCAGAGUGUCAAGGUAUAGAGAGAAGAGAAGGACCCGGAUGUUCUCCAAGAAAAUAAGGUACCAAGUGAGGAAGCUCAAUGCCGAGAAGAGACCUCGGAUGAAAGGCCGCUUUGUCAAGCGGAUGUCCUUCAUCUAAUUGGGAAUGAAUAAAUAACAUACGUCGUAGGGAAUUCCUUCGAAUUCCUGCACAUCGACGGCGCAAUGGGUAAGAUUACAAGGGAAAAUAUGUAACCUAGGAAAUGUAAGCUGCCAAGUUCGAUUUUUUGCAAGGGUUAGGCAAAAAAAUUGGCGAGCAGCGUUAUUCAGGCUUUGUAUUAUGGCCUAUGGUGUCACGUUAACGGAAUAAAAGCGCUUAGGUUUGUAUAGUCCAGCAGCCUCUAGCUCUGCUUGCUGCUCGAGUCGAGCUUAAACAUGCACUAAUUAUUAGGGUUGCUGCAAUAAGGAAAACCUAGGUGAGUUUGUCGAUUUGUACAUGCGGGAAGACCAUUGUGUAUGUACUCUAAUCACUUGGUCUGAUUACUCUAAUCACUUAAUUCUCUUUCUUAUGUGAAA